CAGAGCAGGUCCUGGUCGGUAGUCACUGCUGUGGUGUCUGGAGCCUCUUCUUCUCUCUGGUAUCAGCCAUUAGCAGAGCCCUGUGGCCCCCAGGAUACAUUCCCACUGGCCCUGUCCUGGGGACUGAUGAGAACACUUGUCGUGUGCCCCCGGUAGAAGGAUUUCCAGCCUCCCCUCUCCUCAUAAAGGCGCCUGCAGUACUAGAAGCCUCCAGUUCUCUCCUCUUCUCCUGAAUGACCACCAAGGAUGGACAGGAAGGAGAUCAGCAGAAGAAUAUUAGAUUUCACCUUGGAGAUCAUCUCCCUGUUGAGUGGAGAGGAUUACACAAUAGUGAAGAAGACAUCAGGGGGGACUCCCAUCAUCCAUGAAUCAGUAGGGUUGAGCAGGACCCCCAUGACAGAGCCUCCCCCCCUGAUACAUGAGAAGAAGAUCCUAGAACUCACCCACAAGAUGAUUGAGCUGCUGACUGGAGAGGUUCCUGUAAGGUGUCAGGAUGUGGCGGUCUAUUUCUCCAUGGAGGAGCAGGAAUAUUUAGAAGAACACAAGGAUUUGUACAAGGAGGCCAUGUUGGAGGAUCCCCGGCCUCUGAAAUCACAAGAUAAGAAGAGACGAGAUGGAUCCAGGAGGAGAAAUCCCCCCGAGAGAUGUCCCCGUCCUCUGUAUUCCGAGGACUGUCCAGAGCGGAAGGUCCCAGAGAAUUGUCAGGCUGAAAAUCUAAUUGAUAUUAAAGUUGAGGUUAUAGAUGAAGAAGAAGAGGAGGAGAUGGAUUUAUGGGGCGAUCAGCAGUAUGGAUUCAUAGAAAGAUGUCCCCGUCCUUUGUAUUCCCAAGACUUUCCAGAGGAGCAGCUUCCAGAGAACCAUCAGGAAGAAGAUCUGAUUACUAUUAAAGUGGAGGAUGAAGAAGAGCAGAUGAUGGGCGAUCCCCCGUAUAAGUUUGAAGCGGAGGAGGACAUUCCAGUCCAUGUGACCACAGAAAAUCCUAGUAAGAGCUCCAAGAGAAAGUUCAUGUUACCACUAAAAUGUAAAGUAGAAGAUGAAGAUGAUACGCAGGACUCUUCAGGAGAAAUCAUUACAUUUAAAGUGCAUCCAGGACUUCACAAUACAGAUCUAUCUACUAAUCAUGAGGAACCUCCUCCUGGCAGAUCACAGAUUGUUACCACAAAUGCUGGUCCAAAAAUAGAUACCAGAUUUCAAUGUGGUGAGUGUGGAAAAGCGAUUACGAAAAUCUCGGGUCUUUUUACACUCAGACGAAGUCACUUACCAGAUAAACCGUACUCCUGCCCUGAUUGUGGGAAGAGUUUCACAAAUAAAUCACAUCUUCUAGCACACCAGAGAAGUCACACGGGAGAGAAGCCAUAUAUAUGUUUAGAAUGUGGGAAAUGUUUUACAAAUAAAUCAAAUCUUGUGAGACAUGAGAGAAGUCACACAGGAGAGAAGCCAUUUUCGUGUUCAGAAUGUGGGAAAUGCUUUACAAACACAUCAGAUCUUGUUAAACAUGAGAGAAUUCACACAGGAGAGAAGCCGUAUUCAUGUCCAGAAUGUGGGAAAUGUUUUAUUACUAAAGCCAAACUUAAAGAUCAUCAGCGAAGUCACACAGGGCAGAAGCCGUAUUCCUGUUCCCUGUGUGGGAAAUGUUUUACACAUAAAUCAAAUCUUGUUAGACAUGAGAGGAUUCACGCAGAAGAGAAGCAGCUUUGAUCUUCUAUAUGUGCAACAUUAUAUACAAGAAGAUCAAAUUUUAAACUCGGAGAAGAAACCAUAUUCUUGUUUGGAAUGUGGAAAAUGUGCAAAGAGCAGAACACAGAUUUUUACUAAGUAGGUUAUUUGUAGACAAUGAACAUCCAAUAAUAGGAUUUAUUUUUGGGGUGACAUUAGACUGGAUCUGCCAGACACCCACAUUAUAUUUACUUUCUUAGACAUAGUAGCUCAGCGGGUAGAAUAGGUCAUAGGUUCAAAUCUCAUCAAGGACAACAUCUGCAUGAAGUUUGUAUGUUCUCCCCAUCUUUGGUUUCCUCUUACACUCCAAAAUAUAAUGUGAGGUUAAUCCUGAUUUUUAGAUUUGUGAGCCCCAGUGGGGACAGGUACUGAUGUUUGAGGGGUGGAAGUCUUUAUUCUGUACUGCCGGAUAUGUAAGUGUUAUAAAAAUGAAAAUAGACAUUGAUACCGAAGGUGAACUGACUGGGAUCUCUGGAGGAACUAUCAGAACAGUGAUGAUGAAUUGUCCCAAUAAACUUUACUUCUUCUUAUAGUAUUUAUACCCCCACUGCAGGAGAAUCCAGAGGGACAUAGUGAUAAAGGAAGAAACCCUCACAUAAAUGUUUAUGUAAAAUAUGUGGACAUAUUAAUCUUAAUUUGGUAACUCAAAGUGACGAACCCAGAAAUGAAUUUGCAAUAAUUCCCUAGAAUAUUUUUCAGAUCUGACACUCUCUUCUAUGGAUCAAAUUCCUGGUACUGCCUCUUUGGCAAAACCAACCUCCAGCAGGUGUAUAUUAUAAGGCUGCUUGUGUAUUCUGGUCAGUAUUGUAAGCCAAAUUAGGAGCAGCUCCAAAACCUCAAAGAUGUGGAAAUCUGUUUAUGUUCCAUUCCCGGUCCGUUUUACACUCUCCCAGCAUCUUGAAGGAUUAUUUUUUUUUUUACCAGUCAUUUUUUGGUGGGUUUAUUGGUAUGUUUAGGGUCAUCACCAUGUUGCCAGUUCUAUGUUGAGUUGAGCUUUAGUCUUUCUGACAGAUGGCCUCACGUUAUCCUCCAGCAGGUUCUUGUACAAUGGAUAUCAUAGUGUCUAUGAUGAUGAUAAGGCACUCAGACCCUGAUGUAUUAAAGCAAUCCCAAACCAGAACACUUUCACCACUAUGUUCUCAAGUUGGUAUCAAGAUUUCCUGGUGAAAUGCUAUCUAUAAUUUUUUAUCAAACAUGCCUUCUGGUUUUGAAGCCAAAUCUGCUUCUUUUCAUAGUUCCAUAAGUUAUGUUGUGUGUGCUCGUCGGCACCCAUGCUUUUAUAGGCACCCAUAACCUUUCUGAAGGGCUUAGAGUGCUUUGGAUCUAGGCGUUAUGAUGCCACAAAUUUCAUCAACAAAGUGCAACAAAUGGCUGCAAGUGUCUUGGUCAUCUGUGUUAGGGCAAAACCCCCACCUCUAUGAUUGUCGGGGUUGCAAUUGAAGUUUUGUUUAUGAGCGCUCAAGAGAGCUGACACAGACACGCUGCUGAAUCAGUUAUUAUCUUGACCUAAAGCUGGGAAUUUCUGAUCUAUAUACAUCCUGCCAGCUGGCUAAUAAAUUUUUCCACAUAUGCACAAGAUGGAGGACAUGUUUAUCCAAAAUGGAUUCUCAUCCCUCACAUCUGGAUAGGCUUGCAGAAUCCAUGUGUACAUAGCAGAAACAAUCCCAUGUGGAUAUAAGGAAAUGAUUUUCAGUAGCAGAAAUGCCUUCUAGAAAUGACAUAUAAACAUACCCUAAGGGUAUAUGGCUGCCAGAAGGCAGUAGAGAUACAGCUGUGAGUGGCCAUCAAAGCCACAGUAGGUUUUUAAUUGUUAAAAUGGAUCGUGCAUCAUUUGCUGACUGUUAAUUGAUGCACGAUAAACGUUCAGAACCAUACGGCCAAAUCUGGAGGUCCGAUUGUAAUUUUAGGUCAUUAAGGUAGUCCUGAAUAUACGUCCGACGUGUCCGACUGUUAACAAGUAAUCGGAAAGCUAAUUUAUACAGUUUUUCUUCUGUUCCAUCACAUUUAUCUUUUUGACAGAAGAUCAGGUAUUGAUAUGUCCACAUAUGAUGGAAAAAAAAAUAAAGUGUCAUUUUGAAGUGUGGUUGAAUGAUUGUGAGUGAACCUUACAACCUUAUGGUUCAGUUACCCUCCACAGAACAGUGUUUUUAUAUGAAUCCUUCCUGACAGGACCCCACAAUCGUCUCCCCUCAUCCUGCUCUGAACAUUACGUGU